AUCACCAGAGCUCCCCUCGCAAAGCCCUGCUGCUCGACUCACCUCACCGAAAGCCUGCUCGACAUGUCCGCCGCCCGUGCCACGUCACCAAUCCCGCCCACGCGAAAUGCACAGGAGGCCGGCGCCGAAGAGGAAGACGAGCGCGAAUUGGUUCCGGUCGAGUGGGACGACAUGCCGGCGUACGUGGAGAAGAUGGAGAAGGAGAUUGUGGAGUUGAUGGGUGGUCAAUACCUCACUGAGGAGGACGACGAAAAAAUUGGCCCUGCCAAGCGGAAACAAAUAAUGCAGACGGUGGCAACGGUGGGGGAAGUCAUUGUGUCCCACACCACUCAAAACAGGUACUUUCCGGCGUCCCGGUUCCUUGUGUCAGCCAUGCACGAGGUGGCCGUUGCCAACCAAUACAACACGCCCAUCAUCUUGUCGAGGGUUAACCAGGAAGAUGAGCGCAUUCUACACCACUGGAUGCUCUUCCCGCCGAGCCAUCCCAGGUACAAAUACCAUCUCGAGAUGCGCGAGAAGCAAGAAGCCGCAGAAAAGGCGGCAAUAGAGGCGCACGGAGAGAAGAUUCGGGCGGAGAGUACAGCACGGAAGGAGCGGGCUGCGGUGGAAAAGAGGGGAGCUCUCAAGGGCCCAAAAGGUGCGCCGCCCGGAAAGCGGUUCCAGGACCUUAACGGUGACUCGGACGUAGAGGACGGGGGUGAGGUUGACCAGCUCGCGGAAGACCGCGAUGAGGAGGUGGUGGCAGACACUCUGCAGCUGACGAAGCGUAAGGGUAAGGGGCGCGAGGUCCCACAGCGGCCGCAAGCGGACGAAGAGGAGGCACCGAGUGCUGAGAACCCUCCGGCAAGUGAGCAAGGUGGCGGGGAUGUGGACGCCGAAGAAGAGGAAGACGAAGGAAAAUCGAAGGGAAUCCUCAAGAACAAGCCGAACCCCGCGCAGCCGAAGAAAAAGGCGAAGCUCACCCGGAAUAUACGCGACGGCUGGGUUAUGCCCACCAACAUCAACUCCCGCAGGCCGGAACUCACUAGACCGAGCGAGUGGCCGUGCACAACGUGCAAGGGGAACAUCGUCUGCACCAUGUCGGUGGCGAAGGGCAGUUCGGCCAAGGGCAAAGGGGGCAAGGUCAAGCGGUCAGCUUGCGACUACUGCUUCUUCAAGAAGCGAAGAUGUGUGCCCAUCGACCCCGAUGCACCGGCUCUCGUGGCAGACGCUGAAGAUGGGGACUCCGAACGUGCGGACGAGGAGGAAGAGCGUGGACGGCGCCGGGGCAGGUCGCCGCCCGGAGAACGACGCCAACGCAACGAGGGCGGAGCCGCGGGCCCGUCCGGUACUCGCAAAAGCAGCCGCGCGCGCCGCACCCCAAGCCGAGGCCCGGAGACUAUCACGAAGCAGCCGGAACCGUCGCGCGCGCGGUCAAGGUCUCGCGGUCCGGUGCCUCCCCCAAAGCGAGCACGCUCGAAGUCCGUCUCUCGGGCACCAUCGCCUCCAACGAAGCGACCCCGCGCAAGGUCCAAAACCCCAGCUGCAGGUCCCAGCGCGGGUGCACAGUCGAAGCAGGACAGCCGCCCCCCGAACGCACAGGCGCAGUCUCCGGCUCCAGAAAUCCAGAGGUUCUGGGCGGUCGCGCCUGGCACAGGCGAGCUGCAAGAUCGCCCGGUGAUGCUGACCACUCCUGGGCAGCUUGCAGCUCAGGUGGACGCGCUGGUGACCAGCAACCGUGCGCUGACAAACCAGUUGGCGGCGAUGGAGCGGGGCAACCAGCGCCUCCUGGAGCGAAUCGAGACGAUGGAAAACGUCUGUGACUCCCUCAAGGCCAUGAUGGUCGUUCACGGUUUGUAUGUGGCACCCCCGCACCUUUCCCAAUUACGACAUGAGCGUGCACCGUCGUCGCAGGUCCCACCUCAAGCUGGCCCUUCGCAGCAACCCGGGCUGCAAAGCCUUGCGGUGCAGCACUCAGAGGUUGGCCCAUCGGCGUACAUUGCUUCUCACAUCCGGGCACAGGCAAGCGUCGUCGGAGAGGAAAGCAUAGCUGGCGCGCAGCCCGCGGGUCAGGCGCCAAUGGAGCUGCUGCCGGACAGUAUCCCUGCUGCAACUGAGCAGGAACAACCCGCCGAGGGAGAGGGUACUGGAGCGGAGCCGACCGCCGCGCCGAGGGGAAGGGAAACCGAACGGGAGGAGUCGACCUCCCAGGGGUUUUGUGAGCCACAGACAGAUAUCACCAUGGGGAAUGUACAGCCAGAUUGCACCCCCGCAGCAGACCUGUCGACCCCGCGGAAUGAAGUGGCCCCGCCGCAGACGGAGUCCGGAGAAGAUGUCACCAUGGAGGACUCCUCACAUUCGGCGAUCCAACACGCCCCGGACACCCAGCAAGCCGCCCAAGCUGGUGAGUCCUCCGCGCCGCCCACUGCGUUGAACCCUGCCUCUCCUGCAAUUGGAGGCUCCCCUGCCUUGGCUGCGCCACAUACCGCAACCCCGGCUGGUCUGGGAGACGGGCCGAGCGAUGGGUCAAACACAUCGGGAGAGCCCCAAGACCAAGUGGCACCCUCGGUCGACGGUGCUGGUGCGCCCAGCGUCAUGAACGGCGAAGAUCCAGUGGCCACACCAUCAACAGAUGGAACCGGAGGGGCCAAUCUGUUGAUCGAAGAGGGCACGUCGCAACAGGGUGCAGAGACGCAACCCGCAUUGCAGGCUGAGAACGGCGCUGGAGCCAUGGACACAUCGUCGUAAUGUAGUUUGUCAUAUUUCAAAUGUCUUAGCACGUACUUCUUGUGUAGCAACAACGCACCAAGCUUUAUCCCCGCUGUAUUGAUGUGCGAGCCAUUCUCCUGC